CAAGGUAUAUGAAAUAGCCUACUCCAUCUUCUCCACUGCCUCCAAUGGAUUCUCGUAUACCCUUCACUGCCUUCUGGUCUCCCCUUCCUCCAAACCCUAACCCUAACCCUAACCCUAACCCUAACCCUAAUCCAAUCCCCGUCCCAGACCCUACCUCCUCCUCCGACCUGCCCACCACCAUCUCCCUCCUCAAGUCCCUCAUCUCCUUCGCCAACUCCACCCUCACCUCCAUCUCCGACCUUCUUCCCAUUUCCGUCCUCCCUUCCCUCAUCCCAUGCCCUUUCAACUCCUCUCAUCGCAUGCCUCCCGAGUCCCUCUUCCGCCACUCCCUCAUCUGCUCCUCUGCCGCAGGCUCCUCCCUCCUCGAUCUGGCCUUCCUGGACUCCCUCCGCUACCCCAGCUCCUCCCAAUCCCCCGCCAAAACCACCUUCCACCGCUCCAACCCUGACGACGACCUUGCCCUCUCCCUUGAUGAACCGUUGGAUUGUUCCACCUCGAGCUUCUUCUACAAGGACUGCCAUGGUGUCGUCGCCUUCCCUCAGUCUGAUGUGUCAAGGAGGACUUUUGUGCUUCCCGCUUUCUUGUCCUCCGAGUGCUCCGACUUCGUUGCAGAGUCUUCUGUUGAUGAGGAGGAGAAGAAAUUUAUUGUUUUUAGUAUUCUUCCAUCGGAUUUCUUCAGUUUGAGGCGUGAGGUUAGUGCGUGGAUCCAUUGCCCGGUUUCAUACUCAUGCACUGUUCUUCGUGUUGCUUCUGGAUUGCGAAAGGUUGAUGAUUUGAGGUUGAAGAGAUGGGUCAUAAUGAAUUCAGCUGUGUCUGGGGUUGUGAUUGAUGCCGCAAUGAGAGAUCAUAUAUUUCUGCUGCUGAAGCUGUGCUUGAAAGUGAUUGAGAGAGAAGCUCUUUGUAAUCUUGAGCUGCAUUUUAGGAAGGAUGAGUUCUUAGGUCGAGGGGAUCACAAUUUUGAGUGUCCGAAGAUGGUUGGGAGCUUGAACUGGUUGGCUUCUCAGCUCUCUGUUUUGUAUGGUGAUAGGAAUGGCAAUUAUUUUGCAGUAGCAAUGGUUAAGGAAUCAUUGUUGUGUGCUGGAUCAUGUUUGAUGUUGUUUACAACUGAAACAGAUAAGUUUAGACAGGAUGGUUGUGGGAGUGGAGAUGGUGAUGACGUGAAUGUUGACAAGUGUGAAAAUGUUGGGUCCCAAAGAAUUGGAGAUUUGGAGCUCAGAAAGCAUUGUCAGGCUGGUUCUGAGGUUUAUGUAUCCGUGUCUCAAGUUAUAGCUGCAGUUUCUGCAUUGCAUGAAAGGUCUUUGCUUGAGGAACAGAUCAAGUUUCUGCGUUUUGGGAGAUCUAUUACCAAAGCUCAGCUAAUAACUGAACAUUCAUUCAUAUCUACGAGAAGCAGUGAAGAACGGAUAAAGCGACCAGAAUAUAAAGCUGUGUUAGAGCAUGAUGGGCUUCUGUGGCAGCGACCGCAAGACCAGGGUGCAAAUAAAGAGAAGACAAAAGAGGAGCUUUUGGCUGAGGAAAGGGAUUAUAAGCGGAGGAGAAUGUCAUAUCGAGGGAAGAAAGUUAAGCGAACUCACACACAGGUUAUACGGGACAUAAUUGACGAACACAUGGAAGAGAUCAAGCAGGCUGGAGGGAUUGGAUGUAGUGGAGAAGCUACUCAGGAAAUGGCUAGAGUGACAGGGUUUCAUGAACCAGAAAGGAGAAGCAGAACAAUUGAAACAGAAGCAGAUCCAUCCUUUCGCAGAAAGCCAUUACAUGGUGAAUAUAAUGCCAACUCUGGAGUGCAUGGAGAUGUCUGCGGCAAGGAUGUGUCUAACACUGAGCAUAUCAUGCAAAAACCGUACAAUGAGUGGAGACAUCAGGAAGACUAUAGGAAAAGGAAUAAUGAGAGAAUGCAGCAUUGUGGUUCUAGAAAUUCAAGUCAUAGUAAUGACAGUUAUCAUCAUGAAAAAUAUGCAUAUCGCAAAGCAGUUGAUUAUGAUGAAGAACAUAGUAGUAAGUAUGACAGGAGAGAUCAAGACUAUUCUGUAAAAUCCAAAGAUCGUCAAGCCCGAUCAACGCUCACAUCAACAUCUGCUAAAAUUUUAGCUGAGGAAGAGCAUCACCAUAUAUCCAGAGGCAGUAAGAAACCCAGAGACCGACCUUGGAGUUGCAGAUCAGUAUCUGUGAGACCAAAUGGAUUUGAGGACAGAUAUGAUCCUCAUAGCUCACAUGACGAAUAUGACACUGCUUAUACUGAUGUUUCUGCAGGCAGCAAUUGUGUCAGGUCAGGUAGAUAUUUAGGCUUACCUGAUGAUGAUAAGUAUGAAAAUGAACCUCUCAGAGGAGAAAAUGCUGCAAAAAGGCACAAAUGGGAUCAUCAUGCAAAAUAACUAGCUGCCCUUUUACAUUAUUACUUACUGUUCAUGCUCAGGAUUAUGCCCUGCCCUGCUUCUGUAUCCUUCUGUGUAUCCUCAAAUCAUGCAUGUUCUUUUGAUAAGAAAAUGUUUUUUUACCAUGUUAUUUUCAUCUUGCUCAUAUUAAACAUUUGACACAUGAUUGGCUUCUUAUGAAUACCAAGUCUGCUUGAAAUAGUAUCUAAUUAUCGUGCUCUCUUUACUUGCCACAGAGUAUGUACAGUUUCGAUUCCAAUUUUACUGCUUAUUCUUGGUUUAAAGGACAAUUUUGAUAUUCUUUAAGAUGCUUAUGUUGCUUGCAUUAGAGAGUAAGUCAUGAAAUUGAUUUUGCAUGCACUUUUCUCUUCAUUUUCCCUUCUCUUUGGUUCGAGUGCUUCUGCCUGCAUAUAAUGCAAUAUGAAUUGUGAAUCUGAGGAUGCACCAUAUCCAGGUGAGUUCAACAUUGCCAUUUUCUUCUUUUCUGAAUAGAGGUCAUUUUCAGUAUGGUGGAAGUUCGAGGUCAAAAGAGCAUAUGUACAUUGAUUCAUGGGAUUAAAUGAUGGUGUCACAUGCCAAUGGAUGGUUGUUGAAUUUUUGUUGUUUGGCUUCUUACUUUUAACCAUGAGUUAGCAUUUUAUUGUCAUUACAUGUAUUUAAUGCCAUGCAUGUCUUGACUUUGGAAUUCAUUCUCUUAGAUUUGAUUUUGCUGCAAUUAGAUGCACUAUAGGCAUUUCCUUUUUGGUUUUCCAUGUUAUCAACUUUCUAAAUGAUUAUUAUAUGAUGUUUAAGAUUAUGAUGUUACUAAAUCCUUGUUAUUUUUCCAUUUGAUGUUAUUUAUUGUGAAAUAUCACUUCUCUCAUGUUAUUGAUAAGUACUUGAUAACACAUGCACUUUGCCACUUGCCAAUGAUGUAAUAAUUUUGUUAUGCUUGCUCAUUCACUCACUCAUGAGGCAACAACUAGUGACCAAGAUUGCAUUUGUGUACAAUAUGGUCAUGUGGAGGUAGAAAAGAAACGGUUUAUUAUUGGUAUUACAGCCGUAUCUAUACUGAACAUAUUCUUUGAGAGCAAAGCAAUAAUAAAUCUGAAAUAAAUUGAUUUAUUAAUGCACAUGAUAUGGUUAUGGGUGUAAUCAGGCCUAGCUUGAGCAAACUUAGCUUUCUUGAGCUCAGUUCAAUCAAGUUCUAGUGGAGCUUAUUUUCAAGCUGAAAGGGAAAUUUGUUACCAGGACGUGGUGGAUUGCAAUAUAAUCAUUGGAUGUGUGCCAUCUGCAGCCAUGCAAUAGCUGCAACCAAAAGUAGGGUCAGAGUUUAUAUCAGUUGUGGUGAUGAUCCAUAAGGAGGGCCUGAUGAGAAAAACAAUUUUUUUGGAAAAAAUCUGUUGGAACACAUAUGUAAAUGAAAAUUAUUGUCGAGUCCUUUUGAAAGAAGUUAUAAGAGCCAUUAUGAAAUAAUAUUUAAAAAUAAGACCUUUUGUAAGUUGAACCAAAAAAUUUAUUAAGUCUUCUGUUUAAACAAUUUUGGCAGUUUGCAAUUUAAUCCUUUUUUAUAUGACAUAUUAGACAUUGGACUUCCAGCUAUUAAUAUAUGUUUAUGAUAAGGAUCUGUCCUGUAUUUAGCCUAUAAGUAUGUGUUUGUGAUAACUGAUAAGAGGCUUACUAGCUUGUCUAUAAGUAUCCAUCCUGUAUUUAGCCUAUAAGUGCCAAAGAUGUAUCGAGCCUUAUUAGCUUUAUUUAAUGAGUUGAUUUUCAUUAGAGCUCAGCUAGUUUAUUUAUUAAGCCUCAAAUAUUUUGGCUAAUUUAUUAUCCAAACAAGUUCGAGCUUAGCCAAAAUUCAAGCCAAAUUACUCACGGUUGACUAAACUCAUUCAAGAACUUUGUUAUCAGCCUUCUGUUAAAAUUGAAGCUUGCCAUUAAGUCCUUUAUUUAUAAACUAUUGACGAGUAUAAAAGAUUUUCUAAAUUCUUUACAACAUACUAGGCUAGAUCGGUAUAUAUAUACAUAUAAUUUUGUUUUAGUGAAUGAGUUUUCGUAUGUUUGAGCUCGGACCAUUUACUAAUCAAAGAUUGAAAUCUUGGCUCAAGCUUGUCUUAUUUAUUCAUUUAAUGAGCUUGAGCCAGCAAAAAGGGUGCCAAAGUCAAACUACUCGUCUCAGUUGGCAUCCCUAGGUAUGGUUAAUCAGAUCAACCAUUCUUCAAGUUGGCCUUGUUCAAAAAUUUAUUUAGGAGCACCAAAGAUGGAUAAAUUGGCUGUUUUGGUCAGGUUUGGCAUUGGUUGGAAUAAGUUGGGUUAUGGGCUUUGAAGUUUGAAUUUUUAUUUUUUUUAGUAGCUUAACUGACGUUUGAAUUAAUUCGCACUAAUUGAAAUAAAUAGGUUUCAUUGAAUUUUUAGUAUCCCAUUAGUGAUUGAUAGUUAUUAUAUGUUUAUUUAAUUAAUUAAAUCUUGCAAAGAAAACGUUAUUCUUAUUCCUUUAUUUAAGGUUACAUGUUGAGCAAACUUGGCCAAAGUUAUUUCUUUGACAAGAUGUUCCAAAAACCACUUUACAUAUUUCUUAGUUUUAGAUUUAUUUACUUAUUCUAUGAGUAUGCAACAACAAGGUUGUACCAUGGAGGUUAACAAAGUGUUUACAGAAAACCACUGCAAGAUGUGUAUGGUGGAAUUUAUUCCGUUAGUCUAUAAAUCUGAUGAAUCUAUUUUAUUAGUUGCCAUCUAAAAGAUUUCAUUAAAUACGUUUUUUUUUUUGGAAGUUGUGUGUUAAUUAGAUGUUCGUUUGUGUUUCAAUUGGUUUCUCAAAUUUACAAAUACGAGUUGUGAAGUUGCAAAAUUCCUUCUCAAUCAAGGCUACUACUAGUUUCUGACUACAGUAACAUCAGAGCUGCCAAUCAAGGAAUCUAGUGUUCCAGACAAAUGAAAGAAUUAUUGUUGCGAUAAAUUUAGCAACUAAAUAUUCGUCAAGGAAUUUUAUGGGUUUUAAUGGUACUAUGUGUGUUUCUCAUAUCCUAGCUUCUAAUAUAAAUGAUGAUCUAUUUUAUUAAUUUUGAAUUGGAUACUAUUAAUGAUAUGAAUUACUUGAAAGAUGAAUGUGUUUCAGGCAUAUACUCAUUGUAAUAGUUGGCGAACUCAUGUUAUGUAUCACAUUUCGUAUGUUAAUUUGUGGAAUUUCGUUGAACUUGAAAUAACUUUUGCUGUUUAAGAUAGACUUCAAUUAAAUGAUCUCUGAUGAUGAGUGUGUGUGUCUAUAUUGAGAGGAAAUAUUUCAUCUUGUGUUAGAUAGGACCCCAUGUGAUCCAAAUAUGUACUUGUCAUGCAUGUUUUAUUCCUGCAUUUUUUUUUUCUCAUCACAUAUUACAUUCAUUCUAUACUAUCUACUUGGCUGUUCCACAAUUUUAAUAAUAGAAUCUAAUGUCUAAUCUUAUUUGGUCAGGUAUCGUUGCAAGAACUCUUUACCAUUUUCACUCCCAAUUACUGUUCCGAAAGUACCAUUUUUGAAGCCCUGGAGACGAAGAUGAAGUUUGGGUUGAUGAGUAAAUCUGAACCAUUUGUUUACUUUUGCUGUCAAUGUAUCACAAGCAACAUUGAAGUCUCAUUUCCUAUUCUAAUCAUACCAGUUAUCCUUCUUUGGUGAUUUCUCUCAAAGCAGGCACUGAAACCUUCACACAAGCGGGAUUAAAACACAAGGGAGUAGUCGAUAUUCUUAGUAAAGAUAAAGGGUAAUGCUUAUAAGCCUCUGUUACUUAUAUCCAUAAUUUGUUAUCUCAAACUUAGGCUUGCGAUUUUUUCUUGUGGGUUUAUUCUUUGUUAGAAAGCAUACAUAUGGUGGUCAACCGGUUAUUUAAUAGAGGUCACCUAGAUAAUACGGUUAUAGAAAACUCGGUCAUGCUUUGAUGUUCCCAGAUGGUUUUAUUGAGAAUCACAGAAAGCUCAUUCAGACCUUGAUGGAGCCACACAAGUGACUUGCCAUGUUCACAAAUAAAGUAUUCAUAUUUAGCA